AUGGACGGAGUGGACGACACAUCGGCUGUUUUACAGGCCGCUGGGCUGCACCAGCCUCCUGUGGAAGAAGCCCCGAGUCUUUUGUGUGUUAUUAUCGACACGCAUGCCGAAGGAUGGCAUAAGCUGGAGGGUUGGUCGUUCAAGGAAACUAUGGCGUCGGUUAUGGUGCUACUCAAUGCCCACAUGGCGCUGUCUAAUGCGAAUGACGUCGCUGUGUUAGGGUUUAAUGGAAUGGGCCCCAGGAUGGUGUAUCCGCAAAAGGAGGACGCACCUUUGUCUGAUGUGAAGCUCGAAGGAACAAUGUACAGGCAGUUCCAUAAAAUGGACAAGACCGUGCUUGCAGCUCUUGCAACACAGCUCCAAGAAACAACAGUCAACAAGCAUUGCUCUAUCAGCGCCCCGCUGACGCUGGCACUGUGUUACACUCAGCGGAUCAUGAGACAGCGGCCCGGCACACGGGGCCGCAUUUUGCUGGUCUCGGUCACCGGGGAUGUGCCCAGCAAGUACAUUUCCACCAUGAACAGCAUCUUUGCUGCUCAAAAGGCCCACAUUCCAAUUGAUGUAUGCAAGCUAGGGGGUGAGAAGACGAACCUACAGCAAGCAGCUGACUUUACAGGAGGUGCAUACAUCGACAUUGCUCACCCCCGGGGCCUCGUUCAGUAUUUCAUGUCGACGUUCUUAAUUGACCCGGCAACCAGGCAAAUGCUCAACCAGGCAACCCAGCCAGAGGUCGACUUCCGAGCCGUUUGCUUCCUUACAAAAGAGGUGGUCGAAAUAGGCCAUGUCUGUUCCGUCUGUUUGUGCAUCAUGAAAGACGAACCGGAUGGCUCUUGCCCUAUUUGCCAUACCGUUUUCGAAUCUACCCAGCUCCCUAGUUUCACGUAG